AUGUCAGACUCAUUGAAAGGACGUUCAGAAAAGUACAGAAACUUCACCUCUGAUAGGGUAGCGAUUAAAGCCAAUGGAAAGAGUUACUCUUAUGGCCAGCUUACAUCCUCUGCCUUGACCAUAUCUAAGUUGUUCCACAAGGAAGAUACUAAAAAUGGAGGUGAAACUAGGAAGUAUGGUGGGUUUAGUAGUCUACAAGGAGCUAGAGUUGGAAUUGUGGCGAAACCUUCAGCUGAGUUUGUUGCAGGAGUCCUUGGGACUUGGUUUAGUGGUGGCGUAGCUGUUCCACUUGCACUCAGCUAUAUCCUGAGGCUGAACUCUUAUAUGUCAUGAACAAUUCGGUAAUAUGAAAAUCUGUUUU